AUGAUCCCUUCAAAAUCAAAAUUUUUCAAACCUGAUACUGGUGUAUUCUAUAAUCCUGAAACUGAAGAAAAAAUUGCCAUUGUUACUGGUGGUAACCAGGGAAUUGGUUAUUUCACUGUCCUCCAUUUAUACUUGCAUGGAUAUACCAUUUAUGUUUUAGGAAGGAAUGAAGAGAAAUGUUUAACUGCAAUUGAAGAUAUCAAGAAAGAAGCCGAAGAGAGACGUUCAAAGUAUUCAGAAACUGAACUGUCUUCAAGAUUUUUAGGUAAAAUCAACUACAUCAAGUGUGAUUUAACCUCAUUGCGUUCAGUCGAAGCUGCAGCAAAAGAGUUUAUCAAGAAAGAGCAGAAACUUGAUUUACUUAUUAACAAUGCUGGGAUUAUGGCAGCUCCAUAUAGUGAAACUGAGGAUGGAAUUGAAAUUCAGUUCCAAGUUAAUGCCGUUAGUCCUUUAUUAUUGACAUUAGAAUUAUUGCCUUAUUUAGGUAAAGCUAAAGGAGCUAGAGUUAUUACAGUAUCAUCAAUUGCUCAUACUUUUGCAGCUAAAUAUUUGAAACCUGAAGAUAAAUUAACUAAAUUCCCUGAACAAUUAUACAGAUUCUUGAGAUACUCCAGAUCUAAAUUAGGAGUCGUUCAUUUCACUAAAGCUCUUGCCAAAAAGAGGCCAGACAUUUUAUUCUUAGCUGUUCAUCCUGGUGUAAUUCAAUCUGGUUUAUACGACUCAACAUUUGCAAGUUAUUCUUUCUUAGGACCAGUAAUUAAAACAGUAUUCUUCAAAUCCAUUUCCUUUAUGGCAAUUUCCCAAGAAGAAGGAAGUUUAGCUUCCUUAAGAUCUGCUUUAGACACAAACUUAACAUUGGAAAAUAAUGGAGAUUAUUUCAUUGAAGGAGGUGUUGAUAGUCAAGCUUCGAAAAUUGGUCAAAAUCCUGAAUAUAUCAAAUAUACCUGGGAUUGGUGUAUUAACAAAUUAAGCGAAGAAGGUUUUAAAUUUGAUAUUUAA